AUGGACGAUCUGAGGCCUAGAAGGACUAUAACAGGGGCCCUCAUAUGGGAGGUACAAAGCAAUCGCGAAAAGGCGGACGCCCUGGCCGAUAAGCAAGUGCGGAAAGUGUACCGUGACAGGGACGACGUCAGAGUCACCAGGCCCGUGAAAUCCGUAGAAAUACGAAUAACGGGCCUGAACGAUUCCGUAACAUCCAAGGACGUGGUGGAAGAACUCGCGAGGAAGUGCGAGAAGUCGCCCGCAUCGAUUUCAAGGUGGCGGGCGACGUGA